AUGUUCGCUUUUCUCAUUCCAUUGUUGGACUUUAUUCGGAUUUUUAUUGCUUUCGUGACCUUUGUAGUCUUCUUAGCCUUGUCCGGUCUAACACUCGCCGGUUCAGCAGUAGCAUUAAUCGUAUCCACACCGAUCUUCAUCAUAUUCAGUCCGAUUCUCGUACCCGCCACUCUAGCCACUACAGUCCUUGCCAGUGGUCUCACGGCCGGUGCCACCCUCGGAUUGACGGCCUUGAGUCUCAUCAUGAGGCUCAUUAGGACUGGGAAAGGAACUAAGUUUUCUCUGUCAGCCCAAACUCCAUUGAUGAAUUUGCUAAAGAUUUCUGGUGGAUAUGGAGGAACCUUAGGAGGGAGAACAUUUUCUGGAACGUUCGGAGAUCAAUCAGGAUCUGCACCAGGAGCAGGUGGAGGUACACUUGGAGGUGCAUUUACAUGGUCUAAGAAUUCCGGAAAUUUGCUAAAGAUUUCUGGUGGAUAUGGAGGAACCUUAGGAGGGAGACCAAUUUCUGGAACGUUCGGAGAUCAAUCAGGAUCUGCACCGGGAGCAGGUGGAGGUACACUUGGAGGUGCAUUUACAUGGUCUAAGGAUGGAAAUUCCGGAAAUACCCUAGAUUGGUUGAAAAAUCAGCCUUGGUUCAAAAUCGGCGGUGCGUCUGCGGGAGGAGCUGCACCUGCUGCUGGAGCUGAACCGGCGGCUGGAGCUGCACCUGCACCUGCGGCUGAAGCUGCACCGGCAAGCAAACCUCCAAAGUAA